CUCACACACACACACACGCUCGCACUCUCCUCCUGAUGGCACCCAUCUUCAUCGCUGCAUGUAGGUAGGUAGCUUGCUUUGGAUGAGACGGGAGGAGUGGGCCCGACCGUCGCUGGACCGUCAGACUGCAGCUUCAAGCUCUCUAUUUUGGCCCUUUCCCCAGACUUUUUACCCCAGACUUUGCACUUCGGAGACCGCACUAAAGCCGAUCUGUCAGGAAGUCCCCUCCAGUGGUUGUUCGACCUGGGCCGCGCCAUGCCCGUUUCGGACAAUCAGCCAACCAAAGCAGUCGGACCAUCUUGCUCACCCAGUCAGGUAAUUAGGUACCAUUUCCUAGAAGUAGGAGUGAAGGCAGUGGAAGAGAAGGAGAAAGCGGGGGGUUUUGAUAGGUAAAGAGUCAAGGCAAGGCAAGAGAACAUUGCGUGUACUUUCCUCAGCAUGGAAGUGGUACCUUCCAGAAUAACCUCAUAUGAGCUCACGGAGGAAGGCAUCCAGGAGUGCCAGGGUCGCAGAGAGAGCAAAGAGAAGGAGCUCCUGUGGGUUGUGGUUCUCUCUUUCCCUGUCAGCUCAGGUCUGCCCCCUGGUCCCUGCGCUGCACCUGCUCCCAGCCCGGACCACCCGUCACCUGCCGCCCGUUCCUCGCCGUGCUCCCUCGCAGCAAGUCGCAGGCCUGCGCGCAUCUCAUGAGCUUCCAUGUCACGCGAUCGUCUGGCGACGCCAUUGAUGGGCAGUUACCCCGCCCGGUCUGACGAAACCGUAAUGCAUCGACAAUGGAAUGGCUACCACUCCAAGGCCAAUGCAGGGAGCUUGCUGCUUCUUUCCUCAGUCAGGUAAGUAAGUACCUACGGCUUGCUCAGCUCCAGCUCUGGUCCGACAAAACCGACCACUCCCAGGACCCCAAGCACCACUUUUUCGUCUAAUACGUACGAGUACACCCCCAAUCCAAUGUACAUCUCCAAGUAUCCUCCCACGCCUCACUCUGCACAUCGUAACAUCAGAUACCUCUUCUCGAUACUUCACUUUUGACGGACCCCUCUCUUUCCCUCGUCUCCCCUCUCCUCUCCUUACCUCAGGCCCGCACGCCAGGUCAGGCGCCCGACCGGAUCGACAUCCAUCUACCUCCGCUCCUGCCCCCUCCUUCUCUGCCCUUCUUAAUCCCCUCCUCAUCCCACUUCUCCUCCAACCAUCCAUCUCACAACCACACAUCACCUGUUCAACAAAGGUAGCUACCCCUUUACCCCUUUCCUUCCAAAUCGUCAUCCAUUGAGAGAAGUACGAGAGCUCCUGUUCCUGGGCCUCGGAGCUUGAAGCUUGGAGAAGCUCUUGGGCUGGAGCUUGAGCUUGAGCUUCAGCUCGGGUUGGCAUCAUGGGAAGCUCCCCUAGCUAACAUGCCAUCCAGAUUACUACACAACACGAUCACCUUUGAUCAAACACUUCACACAAAACAAUUGCCAUCAUGACGGAACCGCUCACCAAGGUCGACUCAGCUGUCGAGGGUCUCUCUCAAUCACCACCCAAGGAGUCCAAGACUCGCCGCCAAUCCUCCGCCGCUGCACCUGGUGUGUACAACAUCAAGGACCUUGAGGAACAAAAGAUUGAGCUUGAGCUCGCACCGGAAACACAACGGACAGGAUGGAAGAUCAACACUUCAUCAUCGCAAGUUGAGGACAAGGAAAUCCUCAAGCUGCACCUGUCAAAGCCCCCAGUCAAGAAGAUUGACCUGCACUUCCCUCUUGGCAUGGAAGUAACAGCACGCAACCUCAAGGGAGUAACAAUAAAGGACGCCCUGGACGCCAUCCACAAGGCAUACAAAAAAAGAUCUGACGAUGAGCUCGACAACCCGUACCUGGCAGGCUUUGAAUGGGACAAGGAGGAGUGCUGGACGCGCCUGGUUGUUCACCUCCAGAAGAACCCCGCAAUUGAGAAGAUCGGCGGCGGCGGCGGUGGCAAGAAGAAGAAGAACAAGAAGAACGAGGGCGAGGAGUAAACUGCCCUGGCUCUGCUUCUUCGUAUCAUGUCCAAUACUUCCUGGUAAAACUGCUUGCUUCGCUUUGGCUCAAUAGGCGACUUGGCGCAAUGGGAUAUUGCGAUAGAUAUCGUCGGAUGAUUGUCAAUGGGUACGGGUCUCUGCUCUGGAGCUUGAUGCUUCGAGAUGUAUAGUUAAGAGGAUUAUGGAGUUGACGCUCGAUCGAGCGGGGUGUCUGGCGGUGAUAGCUUGGGUACCCAGUUCAAUUGACUCGUUGGCCUUCCACCUGUUCAUUCAUUUGAAUGUGAGAAUAACGAGUGAUUAUGAACACUUUCAAGAUCCGAGUCCGAAUAGAAAAUGACGCUCAGCCGAGAGAAGUGUGUAGUUCGAGUGAGUGGAUAUGAGUGACAGUCCAUUGCGGCUGGCCUGCAUCUAUCGUGACCCACUCUCCGGGGAGCAAGGGUCCUGCACGCCGCAGCUCCGUAGCGGCUUACCGUGGAUUCCACGUGAAAGCCCACACGCCUGGAAGAUCCUGACUGGAGAAUGAUUUGUAUCAUGGUAGACUAAUGUUGGCUUACAGCUUGAAUCACUACCAAGGACCCUUCAGGCACAAGAUGAGGAUAUUAAUGCUAAAGAAUCCGUCAAACAAUCAAGGGAAG